AUGGCCGAGCGGCGCGGGCCGGCGGUGAGCGGCGGCGGGGAAGUUGGCAGCGGCCGGUGCCCGCGGCUGCCGCUGCUGCUGGUGCUGCUGUGGGCGGCGGCGCCGCCGGCCGGGGGGCAGCUGCCGGCGUCGCAGUACAACGGCGAGCGGGGCAUCUCCAUCCCUGACCACGGCUACUGCCAGCCCAUCUCCAUCCCUCUCUGCACUGACAUCGCCUACAACCAGACCAUCAUGCCCAACCUGCUGGGCCACACCAACCAGGAGGACGCGGGGCUGGAGGUGCACCAGUUCUACCCGCUGGUGAAGGUGCAGUGCUCGGCCGAGCUCAAGUUCUUCCUGUGCUCCAUGUACGCGCCGGUGUGCACCGUGCUGGAGCAGGCCCUGCCGCCCUGCCGCUCCCUCUGCGAGCGGGCCCGCCAGGGCUGCGAGGCCCUCAUGAACAAGUUCGGCUUCCAGUGGCCCGACACGCUACGCUGCGAAAAGUUCCCGGUGCACGGGGCUGGCGAGCUCUGCGUGGGGCAGAACGCCUCGGAGCGCGGCACCCCCACGCCCGCCCUGCGCCCCGAGAGCUGGACCAGCAACCCGCACCGCGGGGGCGCCGGCGGCGGCCCCGGGGGCCCGGGAUCCGGCGAGUCCCGCGGGCGCUUCACCUGCCCGCGGGCGCUGAAGGUGCCCUCCUACCUGAACUACCGCUUCCUGGGAGAGAAGGACUGCGGGGCGCCCUGCGAGCCCGGCCGCCUCUACGGGCUCAUGUACUUCGGGCCCGAGGAGCUGCGCUUCUCCCGCACCUGGAUCGGCAUCUGGUCCGUGCUCUGUUGUGCCUCCACCCUCUUCACCGUCCUCACCUACUUGGUGGACAUGAAACGAUUCAGCUACCCCGAGCGGCCCAUCAUCUUCCUCUCAGGCUGCUACACGGCGGUGGCCGUGGCCUACAUCGCCGGCUUCCUCCUAGAGGAGAGGGUGGUCUGCAAUGAGCGCUUUGCCGAGGACGGGUCCCGCACCGUGGCGCAGGGCACGAAGCGGGAGGGCUGCACCAUCCUCUUCAUGAUGCUCUACUUCUUUGGCAUGGCCAGCUCCAUCUGGUGGGUCAUCCUCUCCCUUACCUGGUUCCUUGCUGCUGGCAUGAAGUGGGGCCAUGAGGCCAUUGAGGCCAACUCCCAGUACUUUCAUCUGGCCGCCUGGGCCGUGCCAGCCAUCAAGACCAUCACCAUCCUUGCCCUGGGACAAGUGGAUGGGGACGUCCUCAGUGGCGUCUGCUUUGUGGGCAUCAACAACGUGGAUGCCCUGAGGGGCUUCGUGCUGGCCCCCUUGUUCGUCUACCUGUUCAUCGGCACCUCUUUCCUGCUGGCUGGCUUUGUGUCCCUCUUCAGGAUCCGGACCAUCAUGAAGCAUGACGGCACCAAGACAGAAAAGCUGGAGAAGCUCAUGGUGAGGAUAGGCAUCUUCAGCGUCCUCUACACGGUGCCGGCCACCAUCGUCAUUGCCUGCUAUUUUUACGAGCAAGCUUUUAGGGAACAGUGGGAGAGGAGCUGGGUCACGCAGAGCUGUAAGAGUUAUGCCAUUCCCUGCCCCAACAACCACAGCGGCCACCACCCGCCCAUGAGCCCCGACUUCACUGUCUUCAUGAUCAAGUAUCUCAUGACCUUAAUCGUGGGCAUCACCUCGGGCUUCUGGAUCUGGUCUGGGAAAACCCUGAACUCCUGGAGGAAGUUUUACACCAGGCUCACCAACAGCAAGCAGGGCGAGACCACGGUCUGAGACCCCUGCUUGCCAGGCUAGGGAGACGCGGGCAGGCGGAGGACUGAGGCUCUGCCUCCGGGAAGCAGCUCCUUAUCCAGCCUGGGCAAACUUUUGGGACUGCGAGUGGCUUCCGCAGGCGGCGGGGAGCGGAGGACGAGCCAAGGGGGACCCCAGUGCCUGGGAUCUCCGGGCUCUGCCCUCCCCAUGCCGCUCGGGCUGUCUCCUGUAGGAGCUGAACGCACUGUCAGGUUGGGGAGAGGGAUGUAAAUAGCCUCUGUAAGAUUUUGUAAGUAUAUUUGUA